AAAUUUCCGCACCCCAGGCUUCGCUUCUGCCGGUUUCGCGAACUCUCUCCAGUCCUCACCUGUCCCCCUCUUAUCUACGGCAAGGACAGCCUCCCGGCGCCGACCUAGGGUUCUGCUGCGGCCGCUCCUGCUCAAGGAGAUGCCUCGCUAUGAUGACCGUUAUGGGAAAUCACGCUUGUAUGUUGGUAGAUUGUCCUCCCGCACUCGUACACGUGACCUAGAAUAUCUUUUCAGCAGAUAUGGCAGAAUACGCGAAGUGGAGUUGAAGCGCGACUAUGCAUUUAUUGAAUACAGUGAUCCUCGUGAUGCUGAUGAUGCACAAUACAACCUAGAUGGCAGGGAUGUUGAUGGUAGCCGCAUUAUUGUUGAGUUUGCUAAAGGGAUUCCACGUGGUCCAGGUGGUUCACGUGAACGUGAAUAUAUGGGAAGAGGGCCGCCUCCAGGAACAGGGCGUUGUUUUAACUGUGGUAUUGAUGGUCAUUGGGCCCGAGACUGUAAGGCUGGUGACUGGAAGAACAAAUGCUACCGCUGUGGAGAAAGGGGCCAUAUAGAAAGGAAUUGCCAGAAUAGUCCGAGAAGUCUCAGGCGCGAGAGAAGUUAUUCACGAUCCCCAUCUCCACGCCGUGGACGUGCCCGCAGUAGGAGCUACAGCAGAAGCCAGAGUUAUUACAGCCGAUCUCGGUCCAGAUCUUUGUCUGAAUCUCCCAGGGGGCGCCGUCGGGAGCAUGAUGAGAGGAGAUCAAGGAGCCUUAGCUACAGCAGGAGCCCCAGGAGAUCUCUCUCCCCAGAAGCAAAGGAAAUGGAUCGCAGCCCCACGCCUGAUGGCAGUCGGAGCCCAAGGCGAUCACUCUCCCCAGAAGUAAAGCACAAUGUUGAUAGCCCUCGGGGGAGGGAGACAAGCAGGAGCCCUUCUAAUGGCUACCGUAGUCCUGUGGCCAAUGGGCGCAGCCCUAGUCUGAGGGGCAAAGACAGGAGCCAAAGCCCUACUAAGGACAACAGGGGCAGCCCAAGUCCAAGGGGCAACAAUGGUAGCCCAAGUCCUAGAGGCAAUGUUGAUGGUGUCAGCCCAAGUCCAAGGGGCAAUGGCAAUGACGAUGUUGACGUCCGUCAGGGCUCAGGCUCGCCAACAGGAAACUCGUCUCCCUGAAUUCUGGAACCUUUUCCCCAGUUUAUGCGCCCUGCUUGUGGAUGCGAUUAUGGUCUUGAUGGGCAUAUGUCCAGUUAAGAUGUUAUGCUAUCUGUUUUUUAUGAACGACAUGUUGUUUUGGUAUUAGACGCCUUGAAGGAUCUGUUAAUCGUUGACUAUGAUUGUUUCAUGGAUGGAUGACGAUUUUAUAUGGAACAUCUGUUUGUCUCACUUAUGUGAAAUGCGAGCUCGCUGAGCUGAAGUGCAAA